GCGCGUCUGGGCGCGCUUCUCUGAAUGUGAUCGAUUUUUCCCUCUGAAUGAAAUCUUGAAGCUUGCGCUCGUGUGUUUAUGUUGAGGGACGGGUUUGUCAGCAGCCAUCAGCACGGUACUUGCACUAGCGCUGUUGGUGGUAGUCGUGGUUGUGUACAUCUCUAUUGUUGGCCUGGGACUCAUCUCUUGUUUUGUGCUACUUCAGAUGACGACCACCACUAGCAUCUCCAUCGCUGCCACCGCUACUUCUAGCGACAACAGCAAGUCAACGUCGCUUCUUUUAUGUAUAAGCAAUUGGAUUACACACACCGCGCUUCUGCGCGCGUGUGAUCUCAGCGGAGAGUUGCCAAGACUUGUUUCCCGUUGUAUAUUAGAAAUGAACUCCACCAGCUGGUGACAAGCAGCUCGGGUAAAAACGGACAACCUUUAUAUAUAUAUCUUAAGUAACAAGACUGUCGCGGAUAAAGAGGGAGAGACAAAGAGCAAGAGAGAGAGGAGAAUUAAGAAAAGUAUUAAAAUAACAACAAUGACAGAAUGGAAGGAAAUCAUGUGUUAUCAAGCGUAACACUACGUUAAUAAACGAGAGAGUGGAAGAGUAUUUAUUACCAAGCAUCACACACAUUUGUUUUCAAGUGUUCUCUGUUUCUCUGUCGAAAACCACUUCCAAUUUGCUUACUUUUUCAAACCAUUGUUCCUUUUAUUUCACCCUCUUUUACUUAUUAGUUGAGUUUUCCUUAGAAGCCCGUCUUCUUUUUUUCUUCCCUUCCUUUUUUUUCUUUUUCUUUCUUUAUUUGUCAUUUCCAGGAAGUGAACUUGCCAUCUCUGUUGUCGGAGAUACUUCGAUCCAAUCAAAUAAUUUCAAUUCGUUUGUUUCACACUGCCUGUGUUGCUUAUUUAUUUAAACGCUUUCCGUCCUUCGCCUACACUCUAAAAAAUAUAUAUAUCAACAAUUAUUCGAUUAUAUUUCAGUCUGUAUCUUUUACUAUAGUUUUGUUCCUUUGUUUUGAUUUCGAUUCCUUUAUAUUUAGUUGUUGUUUUUUUUUACUCUAUGAUAAAUCCCUGUUAAUUUAUUAUUAUUACUAUUAUUAUUAUUAUUAUUAUUAUUAUUAUCAUCAAUUUCACCAGUUUCGUCUCUACUAUAAUACUUCUCUGAUGUUUUUUUAUUUAGAAAUAUUUUUUAUCACACCAUCCAUUUCUGGUUGAUUCCGUUUCGUUUAUUUUUUAUAGUAUUUUUUUUGUUUUAGCUUGUCUUAUUUAUGUGUCUCCUCCCCAAUUAUUGAUCGUCACUUCCUAAUUCCUGAAAAGUAUCUGUUUAACCCAGUUACCUAUCUGUUUACUAUUUUUGUUUUGUUUUAAUUUCCUUUUAUAUCUAAACUAUCCUUUUAGUUGGUGGUUGUCGUUUUUACUUUCUUCCCCGGUAAUAUUUAGAUUUUCAUUGCUUUCCUAUUGUCAGUCUAGUUUCUCUUUAUUUCCAUCAGUUUUUUUCUUCUUUCCACCCCCCCCCCCCCAACUCCGCCUCCGUUUUCGUCCGAUGUGUCCCAUCACUUCAACGACAAGGCAGUUCUAGACGGAAUUUCCCAAUGCUUUGCUCAGAUUACCAGAAGCAACAACAACAAUAACACAACCGUCAACUACUCCAAGCUUUACACAGUCAGCAAUUUUUCCAAAUAUUUCUCUGUGGUACUGAAUUAACAGCUUCGCUAUGGUGGUAGAUCUGCACAUCUUGGACGUCAUACUCAUUGCCUGGAUGGACAGCAUUAUCGGAUCAGUUGGUCGGUUAGGCAAAGUAAAAGUACGAAAUGAUGAUGACUUGAUUGACCGCAUGAAUCACCUGUAUACUACGGGAAUUUUAAUAAUAUUUACAGUAGUGGUCAGUGCAAGACAGUAUGUUGGUGAUCCAAUCCGAUGUUGGUGCCCAGCCCAGUUUACAUCAGCGCAUGUUGAGUAUACCAAUAAUGUGUGCUGGAUUUCAAACACUUAUUAUGUUGAUAUGCAGGAUCAGAUUCCGGUGGCACACAAUAAACGCAAAGAAAAGGAACUAGGCUACUACCAGUGGGUUCCAGUUGUCUUAUUACUGCAGGCUCUUUUAUUUUAUCUUCCAUGCAUUAUAUGGCGCCUGUUAAAUGGACAAUCUGGGAUCAAUGUAGAUCGCAUUGUGAGUGUUGCCAGUGAUGCUCAAUAUGAAAGUCCAGAAAACCGAACCCGUAACAUAAAAUAUGUUGUAAGACAUAUGGACAGAUGUCUGGACAACCAAAGAGAAACACGACAUUCAUGUUGUGUUAGACUGCGACACAUUCUUUCAGCAAACCUUUCUUUAUUAUGUGGUCGUCGUUAUGGCAACUAUCUUGUGGCUGUGUAUUUUUUAGUGAAGAUAUUCUACAUUGCUAAUGUAAUUGGCCAACUCUUCCUGUUAGACUCAUUCCUUGGGUCAGGCUACCGUAUUUACGGUUGGCAAGUUCUUGAGGACCUAGUUGAGGGAAAUGACUGGACAGCUUCCCGUCGUUUCCCACGUGUAACAUUAUGUGACUUUGAGAUUCGUCAGCUUCCAAAUUUGAAUCGCUACACCGUCCAAUGCGUGCUUCCAAUAAAUCUUUUCAAUGAGAAAAUAUAUAUAUUCCUCUGGUUCUGGCUAGUCUUUGUAUCCAUGCUUUCUUGCUACAGUUUUGCUACAUGGAUUUUUCACAUGAUUUUUCCAACCACUCGUAUACAAUAUGUGCGGAAAUUUCUCAAAAUCAUGGAUCGAAUAGGCUCAACACCAGAUAAAAAGUUAGCUAAUCGCUUCACAGUUGAGUACUUACGGCAUGAUGGUGUGUUUACAUUACGGUUAAUAGGUAAAAAUUCUAGUGACAUUGUUGUUGCUGAAAUUGUUUCUGGACUCUGGGAUAUGUACCGAAGUAAAAAAUCAAUACAAAUACGAAGCAAUGGACAUGAUACAGAAGGUGAAGAUGUAUAGCAGUACUUCAUAGAUUAGAUAAAAUAUCAUAGGAAUAUAUAUUAUACAUAGGCUCAUUUUUCCACUUUGAAAUAUAUUUGUAUAAUAUUACAUUUUUCUGUAUGCAAGUGUGCGUGUGUGUAAAUAUUUGAAAGAAUAUGCAUCCAUAACUAUCUGGAGAAGAAACCAUUUACAGAAAGCAUUGUGAUUAUAAAAUGUUGACUUGAAAUGAAAUCAAAAUGAACCUGGGAAAUGAGAGAGAAAAGAAUAAAAGAAAAAAAUUGCCAAAAUUUUAUGCAGUUGGAAAAAAAAAAUCCAACAUUGCCUUUAAACAUUCUUCCAUUGUUAAUGAAUUUCAAACUCUCAGGUCAGUGUGCCUCAAGGUAUAUUUAGUAACCGUUGUCUUUUUACAUUAUCAUCUAAAAUGAUGGCUGAAACCAAGUCUGUUGGGUUAAAGGCAGUUAGAAAUAUUUCACAUACAUUCUGAAGACAUCAAAUAAGGAAAAGAAAAAUCUCAAAAUUUCAAAAUAACAAAACAGAAGUAAAUAAAAAUUAAAAAAAAAUAUAUAUUAAGAUAAGUCUAAUUUUUUUCUCAUGGGUAUUUGUAUUCUAUGAAUACAAAUACACUCUGUGUGUGUAUGUAUGUGUGUAUGCAUGUGUGUAUGCAUGUGUAUUUAUAUGUUUGUAAAAGAAAAUUGGUUUACUACUUGCAAUUGAAAAAAAAUAUGACUUUUUAUUGGUUAUAUUUUGUGAAUGUUUUCUAAGAUGAUUAAUUGAUUAGUUGACUGAUUGGCUUGACAAUAGGUUGUGUAGCUGUAAUCUAAGCAUUCCUUAACAUCCAGGAUCUCUCUUUGACUCAUAAAUUACUCUGAAAUAUAUAAAUCUCUACUUAGAAUCAUAGAAGAGGAACAGUGCCACAGUGUAAGUAGUAUGGGUAGCAGUUGCCAAAAUGUAAAGUAGUUGGGGGAAAAGAAAUUAUUUACAUCAUGAUAAAAGAAAGAAUCUUUAUAAAAAAAAAAAAAAAAAUUAAAAGCAUCUAUGAAAGCCAAAAAGAAACCCUUUAGAAUCAACAUUUUAAUGUAAUCUUGUAAUUAAUUAAUAAUUAACCUUUGUUACAUAACAAAAAUGAGAAUAAGUAGGUAAAGUAGAGAAAUUGUUAUUUUGAUAUAAUUUAGUGCAAGUCAGGCUAUGUAGGUAUAAAGAACAGUAUGAAGUUGAAACAAUGUGUUUUCUUUCAUGUGGCGAACAUUUAACAGAAUGAAAAUGUAUCUGAAGGGGUUGCCACCUUCUUGAGAAAUCCUUUCUGUCAAUGCAGCACAAUUCAACCAUGACUGCAGAGAACCAGUCAGUUUACCGACAGAUAGGCAUAUUCAAACUCAAAGAAUGCCAAUAUGUACUGUAUGAUUUCUGUUAAUCAAAUUGGGAAUUGUUAAGGGUCAUAAGAGAUAUAACCUGAAAAAAUAUUCAUAUUUACAUUAGAAUCAGUCAACAUCUCCCAACAUUAAUUGUUCAUCACAUCAAAAAGACUAGCAUUGCUUUCUCUAGCUUCACUUCCUUCUUUAUGCACAAAACUAUUUCGUUUUCACCCCGUCACAUCCUUAUAAAUUGAUACACUUAAAAAUUAGAUUCCUUUUUCUUUUGAAGUUUUAUGAAUUCCUAAACGAAUUUUGUUGUAUGGAACGACUAGAUGGUUUUUCUUUGUUUUUUUUUUAUCUACAAAAAUGUUUAACUACUUUUGUACUCUUUUCAAUGUAAAUCAACUUCUAUUUUUUGACUGUACCCUUACAAAUCUAGCUUAGACCUAUUUUCUCAACAGAUAUUCAUGACUUAACCAUAGCAGCUUCAAUUAUUUUCUGUGUCUCUCUCAGACAAAUAAAACUGAAGUCAGCGCCUUAACCCAAUCCUAUAAACAUAAAAGACUUGUGGUGCUCAAAUACUACUCAAUGUUUGUGGAGGACAUCUGUAUAUGCAUGAGUGAGUGUAUCAAUGCAAGACAUAAAUGAAUGAAUGUGUGCUUUACAGGCCUGGUUCUUACACAGUCAUUCAGUUUUGUAUAUGAUGAUACUAUUAACAAAUUUAAGCCUUCAGUUGGUAUACAACUGUAACUUUCAUGGUUGUGGUAUUUUUAUCUAUAAGGAGAGGCAACCUAACUGUUUUACAAAGAAUGAAAGAUUUUAUGAUGUUUGUCCAUUUUUCAUGUAUAUUUGUGAUUCCUUUUUUGUUCUUUUUAUUUAUUUUCUUUGUUUGUUUUUUUUCAUUUGUAUUAUAGAAAAACAUAAAUCUGUCAUUUCAUCUAUGUCUGCAUGUGUGUGCAGUGAUAUUUCAGACCAAAUUAUUUAAUACAUACUAUGAUAUUUAUAUGAUGUAAUAAUUUAUAUAAUAAGAAUGGGAGAAAAUCUGUGUAAGCAAGCAUUUCAGAUACUUGUGGGCUGUGCAAAUGAUUGACAUUUGUGACCUUGUACAUAUAUACAUGCUGAGAUAAAUAUAAAACUAUACACACACACACACACACACACACACACACACACACACACACACACACACACACACACACACACACACACACACACACACACACACACACACAUAUAUAUAUAUAUAGAGAGAGAAAGGUGAAUGUGUUUGUGGGUUUGUAUGUGUUUGUAAAGGAACAAAGAUAUCUGUUCUAUGUGAUAUUGCUGCCACUGCAGAAUGCAGGCUGAUACAAGUACACACGUGUGUGUGUGUGUGUGUGUGUGUGUGUGUGUGUGUGUGUCUGAAUUAUUAAUAAUCCAUUCUAUAUACUUCCACCAUAAUAAAGAAUCCUAUAUUUCAGCAUGAAAUACAAUAUGAACACAUAGACACAGUAUCUAUCUUAUAUACAUAUAUAUAUAUGCAUGUGUGUGUGUGUGUGAGAGAGAGAGAGAGAGAGACUGCAUGUUGGAAAGAGAUUUUAAUUGUACAUGCAUGUUUCUUUAUAUGUUUAUACCAAUGGCCUAGUAUUUGCAAGAUAUAAUAAAAUCUCAUGACUAAGAGA